AUGACGUGUCUAUCGGCUGGUGUGGGAUACUGAAGAGGUGAAUGCUCUUCUACUAACCCACUUGGCUAAAUGUGUCUCUCUGAACCUUUUUGAGAAAAGUUCACUCAGUUUGGCACACAAGACCUGAGAAAAGCACCACAGACGCAGGGAUAUAAUCUACAGAGCCUGGACCCGGGGAGCUUUCCUGCUAUAAGAUAUUAAGAUGAGCACAGAGGCUGUUGAACAGACAGAAUCUCAGCAUGAACAAGCUGACAUUGAACAAAACGGCUUCACCAGACAAAUUAAGACUGAGAACCUGAAUGAUUCACCUCAUUCUGGAGCGUCCCACAAGACAUGCCACUUGACUCAGGGAUCACCGGUGCAUGGAGGUCACCUCACUGGGGAGCUGUCCUCCCUGCACCCUCUGCCCCAGCUCGUCCUGAUGCCUGGAUCUCACCUGUCCUCUCCUUCAUCAUUUCUCCUCUCACAGGCCCAAUCAGGACACCAAGCACUGCUGCAGCCCAAUCUGCUUUCCUUGCCCUCCCAGUCCCAGACAGGACUCCUGCCGCACCAGCCUGGUCUCGCACUCACACCCCAGGCAAUGGGCAGGUCAGGUCUGGCCGGCUCCUCGAUGGACGGACACCUGGAUAUGUCUCACUUACAGGUGCCGAAACAUAUGGGGUCACCACAAGAUGAACCCAGUGACCUGGAGGAACUCGAGCAGUUUGCCAAAGCCUUCAAACAGAGACGCAUCAAACUAGGCUUUACUCAGGGUGACGUUGGUCUGGCCAUGGGAAAGCUGUAUGGAAAUGACUUCAGUCAGACUACAAUCUCACGCUUUGAGGCUCUCAAUCUAAGCUUCAAAAACAUGUGCAAGCUCAAGCCCUUGCUGGAGAAGUGGCUGAGUGACGCAGAGAACUCACCAUCCGACUCCAUGACCAGCCCCACCACCUUACCACCCCUGAUGGAGGGUUAUGGGAGGAAGAGGAAAAAGAGGACAAGCAUUGAAACUAACAUCAAACUCACACUAGAGAAACGCUUUUUAGAUAACCCAAAACCCAACUCUGAAGAGAUCACGCUCAUCUCAGAGCAGCUGUCCAUGGAGAAAGAAGUAGUGCGAGUUUGGUUCUGCAACCGGCGGCAGAAAGAGAAGCGGAUAUACUGCCCCAUCUCCAGUUCACCCAUAAAGUCUCACAACUACAACCCUCGUCUGCCUUCCACUUCCCGCUCAUUCAGUCCACUCGCCACUGGAGGUGUGUCAUCAAGCUCCUCCCCCAGCAGCCCCAGUCGAGGCUCCUCCCCCAGCACUCUCUCCACUACAUCCAGUCCACUGACCGCACAGGGGGUCAACCAGACGUUCAACACCACAGGAUCCUGGUAUCGCUGGAACACCACAUCAUACCACCACUGAGCCCCCCUGAAGGCAACAGCUUCACUCAUUCUGUAAUGUUUACAAGCAGCACUAAAUGAGACGGCAGAACGCAGAGAACCACUGUUCUUCUUCAGGGCUUGUGAAUACAGCUUCACUGCUAACUAUCGAAGGGAAAAAAGCACUACUAUGCAAUGGCACAUUGUUUAGAUAUGCAAUCUUGCUACAAAGAACAUGACAGGCAUGUUCAGCAUUUUCAGCCGAGCUUUUAUUUUGCAUGAAACCUUAUUUCACUUUCUGUGUAAUAUCUCUGUGCCAAUUUUGUUGAAGAUGAAGGCUCAUAUCUGGCUUUUUGUUUAUUGAUAAAGUUGAUGUGAAAAUCUGCAUGUAACCCAAAACAAGACCACUGACUUUUGAGUAUCUUGUUUCAAUAUAGCUUUAUUAGACUGUUGUUUCUUCACUGUUGUUUUAAAUGAUGUAGCAGGAUACUUUUUACUUUUAUUGGCUCCGGCUCUGAUAUGUGCAGUGACGCUGAGACAACAUAUAGCAGAGUGGUCAACAUAGUUUACAGUUCUCGAUAUAUUUCCGGCACACACCUAGCUUUGUGUUUCUGAACAUUUAUGAGGAUUUCUGGCAGGGAAAACAUUUUUAUACGCCUGGUGUGGAAUAUGUGCAUCUCACACUAUUUUUAUGCAGCAUUGUCCAAAGCAUUCGAAGUUCCUUGAGUUUCACAUUUUAGCUUUUGUGUAUGAUUAAUAAUAUCUAGUUAUUGUUUGUUUGGUUGUUC